CGGUUCCGCCGCCUGAAUAGCUUGCUCCUGCUAUUAGCAUAAUACGCCACAGACGGCGGAAGUCGGUUGGGAAACAUACGCCGAAAGUUCCUCAAGAUUAUUUAAGUCCUUAAAAUGUGUUAAAGUUCGUUACAGGACAUUUGUAUGUCUCCUGAGAACCGCAGAUGGAAUUUACCGGCAGUUUUUUAAACGGAGUUUCGCAGCAACGUCUGCGGGGCUAAACUGACUCCAGACCAGCUAACUGUGAGCUAGCUUUGCCCGGGAGCCUUGAAUCUUGGUUCAGAGGACUGGACACGAAAUACACCGAAAAUAAGACCUUUAGGGCAUGGAGUCCAUGGUUGAUGAUUUUCUGUCUCCGGAAUCAACUGUCACCUCCCUGCUGUCCAGUUCAGGUCACCUGAGGAGCAGCCUGAGGCCUCCUGAACACAACGACACCUUCAGAUACAGAGACAAGGACUAUGAUUCGGCCUCGGCGGCGCUGGACGCCUACAUCGCAGACUUCGACAGGAGUCGUCAGAACAGCGAAGCUUCAACAGGAAAACUGGUUCUACAACAGAACCAGCCCUCCACACCCAGUAGACCCAGACUGCUCAGAAACAAAGACGUUCUCAGAGAGCGACUGACCGACCAGGAGCUCGACUUCCUCAACCUCCCUGUCAGCUCCCUCCGUCACCGUAGCAACCGUGACAGACUCUCCAUGACGACGGACGAGCUGCUGUCCAUCCCCAACGACGGCUCGAUGCCCGUCACCCACACCUCCGCCUUCUUACAAGGCUUCCUGUCCCGGUCUGACGCCUCCCAGCAUCGUCCCUCCUCCAGACCAGCAUGUAGAACCUGUUGUGGACUCAGCAGCAGCCAUACGGUCCCCCAUCACCAGAACCAGAACCACCACCACCACUCUCUGCUCUCCAGGACAUCCAGGAGCUGCAGGUGUAAAAGUCGAGCAGGAGCAGCCAUGUUUAAACCAGGUGUGGACGUCUCCUCUGCUGCUAGUUUUAAGUCUGCACACAGAGCAGUGAGGUCAGAGUGGGCGGAGCCUUCAUCGUCCUUCCACCUCCCUCAUUGGUUCACCAGCAACAAGGCCGACAUGAACUGUUCUGGGAUCAGCAGCGUUCCUGAUUUCAAUUAUCCAGCCUGGAUUCAGAGCUGUGACCUCAGCGAGCCUCCUCCAUCCACGGAUCUGUGGGACUUUAAUGCUGCAGCUCCUAGAACCAGAGCUCCUUCCUGGGUGGAAGAUCUGGAGAAGGACAACGAUCCCAGCAACACACCUGCACAGGUCGACGACCAGCAAACGCUCAGAGAUCUGAGGCUUCAGUUGGCUGAACAGAUUUCUGUGAUCGCAGCAGACAGAAAAGACUCAAAGACAGCUCUGUUCAGAGAUAACAGGAUUGAGUCUCUGAUCCAGAAGGCCGAUCAGGUGUUAAACUCUUUAUCUCAGAACUGUGGGGGAGCUGAAAGUCCUCCAGAACCAGUUUUCAGUUCUGCUCUGAGUCCCGUCAACACCGAGGAUCUGCUGAUGGUUUCUCCUUCGCUCUGUCCUCCAGCUGCUCCAGACUCGGCAGCAGGAGGCGUCACAGAGAGUCUGACUGAGAAGAAGGUGAAGUUUCAGGACUAUGACUCCCAUGAAGCCAGCGUCUGGAAGCAGCCCGGUCCGGUGGAGGCUCUGAAACAGAUGCUGUUCAGGCUUCAGUCUGUGGAGUCGGAGCUUCAGCGACAACAAGAAGCUUCACCAGAACUCCAAAACAGGCUGCAGAUGCCUGAGAAACAGUUUCCUGACGGUGAAGCAGAGCUGCAGAGUUUUCUUGGACAGCCUUCACUGCAGAGAGCUCUGCAUCAUCUGAACCGUCUGAAGCUGCUGGUAGAAGAGCCAACAAAGAAACACAGAGAGGAGGAGGAGAAGGAUGAAGAUGAAGGGCGUUACUCCUCUUCAUCUGCUGAUCGACUCAUGACCUCUCAGAAGGAACCUUCCUGAAGCUGAAGGACUCUUCAUCUUCUACCAGCAUCUGAUAAUUAUUCUGAAGGAAGUCGCUUUAUUUCAUGUUAAUUAUUCCAGAGACUAAAAAACUGAAGCAUCAAUGAAACGAGUCAAACGUUGUCAGAGUUACAGUGAAGGUUCUGAUUUCAGCCACUUUAUCAGUGCCAUAAUGAUGUAAGCUAACAUUAGCAUGUUAGCAUCAAGUUAACAUGCUAACGACGCUAAGAGUGUUAAAAUGUGCUUGCAGGCUAAAUGCUAAAUGUCAGUAAUUUAACAUCCAGUUCUAUGGAUGCUAGCUGUAGCCUAGCCACAUUAAUAUGCUAAUAUUAGCAUGUUAAUAAUAAAAACCGUUCAUGUUAGCAUCUUUACAAGCUAAACGCUAACUGUUACAUGCUUUUUUUAAAAUCUAAAUUUAAGUCAAAGAACUUGUAACUAUCGACUGUAAUAUAUUUAGACAAAGUUCUUUAUUUAACACUGAUGCAUUUAAGAGAUUUCUCCUAUUUUGUUACAUGAAAUAAGGGUUAAAACUUGUAUUUAUUGGUAAGAUUAUUUUAUCUGCACACUAGUUCCACUAUCCGAGGUGUUCAAAGCACUGAGCUUCUCAGACAAGGAGGUGCAGCUUAGCUUCAUGAAAUCUGGGCAAAGUUUGAACUGAAAGGCCUCUAUGUGACGUGUUCAUACAGGAGAAGCACAGGUAAUAAUAGAACAACAGGUGAUGCACAUUUCUUGUAAUGAUAGAAUUACACCUGUACUUUUCUUGCUAUGAGAAGUAAAAGUGUAGCAAACACGGUCUGGUACCAGUGUCUAACCCAUACAAUCUCUUCAUCAACCUUUAAGUUGUAUUUAAAACCAGGAAACACCCUGAUAGAUUUGAUUUGGGGCUUGAUAAUGAAGAAGUGCCUAAAAAACAAACAUGGAUGUCAUGCGUCAGACUUUUAAGCCAAAUGUGUCUUGGAUCUAAAGUUGAGUUAAACAUGCACAGUAUAGAAGCUAUAAGUGCUUUAGAUGAAGGAAACAACAUGUUUCCUUUUGUAGUAAACAGAAAUUCAGAUUGUUUUCUCGAAUAUUUUUAUUCAUUUUUAGGUCAAACUCUGUUUUUGUUCGUCUGUUUCAUGUUGAGUGAUGUUAAAGUGUUGAAUCAUCAUUCAGGCCAACAGGUGAACUGGUGUUUGUUUUGUACCUGGUGAGAGAAACGUCUUUGUUAAACCAGAAUCUGAUUAAAGAUUCUUCUCUAGUGCCAAACAAGA